UUGGACAUUCUAGAAUAAUGGCGGUUUUUGUCAAAAUUUGAACGACCUCUCGACGUUCUGAUCAUUUAGAUCUAACAAUAAAAGGAUUGUUUAUUCCUGCGUCAAAAAUUAAACAGUGUUCGACUAUUUGAGCCGUAUUCUUUUCUUAAAGUCCGUUAAUUAGUUUUUGAAGAGGAUCAGAUUGUGCAAAACAAUCUAUUUUGCACAAAAUGUUGAACCACCUUCCAUUUUGUUUUUUGAAAAGAAAAAGAAGCGAGACGGACGAUAAGGCGGAAGGUUCGAAAAAUGCAUCAAAGCAGGAAAUAGUACCAUACAAGCCAUCGGCUAAACUUACCGAGAAAAAGGAAGGUCUUUUAGUCAGAGCAUUUCGUCGAAUCAAAAGACGUCUUGUGGGUGAUUGCCCUCCGAGUGUUGCUGCAAUAUGCUUGUAUAAGACUCCAGGAAAUGGGAGGAAGCAAUGUAGAUAUAAGAUGACACCUCAGCUCACUGAAAAACAAUCAUUUGAUAGCUUGUUGCCCAGAUCGUAUGUGCUGAAUGCAUUUGUGGAUGUUCGAGAGUCAAGGAACUUUGAAUUUAAGACAGGUGGAGGAUCCUAUCCUGUUAGUGUACUACCAGAGCAUAUCAGGAAGUACGGUAGUGCCUUCCUAAAUUGUGAUGGAGGCAUUUUGAUUGCUGGAGUUUUAGAUAAUGGUCAAAUUAGAGGAUAUAUUGUGAUGGCUAUAUGGAAGAUAGAAUAUUAGAUAUAGUUUACAAUGAACUAGCUGAAUUUUACCCCCCUGUGCCCAGGAGUAUGUACAGCAUCAAAUUCCUUCCUGUUUACAAUAAACAUUCAAGGCGCUAUCUUCGUGAUUAUCGAAUAGUAGAAAUCAUCUUUAAAGCAGGCGAUCCUCUUGCACUAUAUGAAUGUGGUGAACACAAGGUGUUUUUGAAGCGAGAAGGCAGUGUCGAAGGUCCUUUGUCUCCACUGCAGAUAAAGGAUCUUGUUUUGAGGAAAUACCGCAUGG